UCUCAGCUAUGCUCGCUCCAAUGCAAGCACGAUGCUCAACCCAUCCGCAGGUAACCAACGAAAAUCGUCAAUCGUGCAGCCGAGAAUCGGCUUGUUUGGAGACCAAAAAUGGGGACACAAGACCAGUCCCAUAAGUGUCGUCUUGGUGAGCUCUGGCAGCCAUGGGAACAAGCUGCUCUGGCUUCUGCUUCCCUUUCCAACGAGCUGCCGAGUGUGCGUCUUCGCACGCAGGGUUCUCCGACAGCAUUCUGGCCACCAUCCUGGCCACCAUGUCGGACAUGUGCGGCAUGAAGUUUGAGCUGAAGAUCGACAAUGUUUGCUUUGUGGGACACCCGACUCUGCUGCAACACCCUCCCGUCGUUCAGGAUGAUCUUACUGUACCCGGGGACCAGGGCCUACUUCCCCGACUGGAAGGACUUCACCCCCAAAUCCGCUCCGGUCAAGAAGCACGUCAAGGAGCUCAUAACUGGCAUCAAUACGGCCAUCGCCCAAAUUGACAACCUGAGUGAGGCCAUGGCGGAUCUCGGCAACUUACACGCCAAAGUCUUAAAAGUGGACUUCGUAUACAUCAAGAAUAUGAGUGACUGCCUCCUCCUGGGGUUGGCCGUCGUGUUCCCGAAGGAGUUCACCCCUGAGGUCAACAUGAGCAUGUUCAAGUUCCUGGAAGCGAUGAAUGCCGCCAUCGGCGAGAAAUAUACAUAAAAAAAAACAUCAAGCAUGCCCACAGGAUUCAAAUCAUUUCUCUCUCUCUCUCUCUCUC